CUGCGGCCGGCAGCAGCAGCACCCCGGCCGACAACACGAACUACGAAGACAGCGUUUCCUACAUUCAAGUACCGAAAGUGUAUUUUAGGAACUAUACUGAAAUAGCCGAUCACGAUGCUGGAAUCUUACAUAUCACCAUUCCUAUUGGGAUAUGUAGACAAAUACAUCAAAAACCUGAAACCGGAGGAUUUGAGGCUCUCUCUGUGGGGUGGGGACCUGGUCCUGAACAAUUUAGAACUACGCUUGGAUGCUUUGGAACGUGACCUUAACCUUCCUCUGUCGUUUGUGAGUGGUUUCAUUCAUGAGCUUCGCAUUCAUGUUCCUUGGACACGGAUUGGCUACGAGCCAGUAGAGAUCAGCAUCAACACUAUCGAAUGCACGGUCAAACUGUGUGAUGCAGAAACAGAUGGUAACGAAAGUGUCAGCUCGAAGUCUAGCACCGGUACUAGCAAAUCUAGAACAGAAAGUAGCUCCAAGGUGAAGCCUAAAGCUGACAUUCAAGAUGCUAGUCUCUCACCAGGGUACGUGACUUCCCUCAUGAACAGGGUGCUUCACAAUGUCCAAGUCUCCAUCAAAAAUUUGGUUCUGAAGUAUGUAGAGGAUGACAUCGUCCUGUCAGUCAAUGUGCAGUCUUUUGCUACUUUUGCUACUGACAGUGACUGGCAGAAGGCAUACCUUGAACUCUCUCUGCCAGAGCUUGUGCUGAGACGCGUCUGUAACUUCACAGACAUCACUGUCUGUCUGGACAAGCGCAGUGCCAGCGGGAAGAUUGAAGUUUACCAAGAGCCAGUCACCUUCAGGUGUGCAGUAUCGGCUCGAAUGCAUAUGACCUACAACAGUCUGAAUGCAAAGCGAGUCAGUGCUGUCAAGGUUAGUACUCACUGUGAAGAGUUGAAGAUGUCGUUAUCAGACACGCAGCUUCCGAUGUUCCUCAGGGUUCUCCAGUUGGUGCUGGCACUGUAUUAUGGUUCCAUUGAUCUUCAGGAAGGAGAGGUGGAAGAGGAUCAAGGUGUCAAGGGAGAGGACACAAAGCAAACAGUUUCUUCAUUAACAGAUCCAGAUGAAGCUCCAGUAGACCUGGAUCCAUCCUCCUCCUGGAUGUCAUGGGCGUGGUCAUUUGUCCCCGAGGCCCUGACAUAUGACGAAGAUGAAGACCAAGAAGAAGGGGAAGUUAAUCGUUAUGGUGGUGGGAAACUCCAGAAGCGUCAGGACACUAUUCUUUCUAUUGGUUUCUUCUGUGAUAAAGCUUCUGUUGAAUUCAAGGUGACUGAUGCGGUCAGUGAACGUAAUCUUUACACCAGACCGAAGCUAAGCUUUCAGCAGACAUUACUCUUUGAGAUGGGAGGUACGGCCAUUGAUAUUCUACUAAAAGGAGAGGGUUUCUUUGCAGCUCAGCUUGGUAUCAGCCAUAUGAGUCUGUCUGGUGUUGGGUCAUGUCCUUGUGGUAUCCAGGAUCAUGCACAAGAACUUCAGGGUCAGAGUCAUUACGUUGAACUUGGCGACGACAACUACAGCAACAAAUCCAACAACUACCUGUCCCUGACACUGUUUGAUGGCGACAGCCCGGAAAACAAUCGCCAGAAGACCAUUUACAUCCUGGACGCGGAGCAUCACCAGUCGGUCUACACCGAGAAGAUAUCGAUGAAGAAAUAUGGAGCCUUCUGGAUGGACUACCUCUACACGUAUGAGAAACUGAGAGGAUCUGAUGGUAAUGAUAGCUCUAGCCGAUCAUCACACCAGAGCGAGACGGACCCAAUCUUUACCACGAAAGAGACCUCCUGGAAACGGUUCGUCUUUGCCCCGACCUCCAUCGAUGUCUGCAGCUCCUUUGUUCAUCGUCUUCAGCAGUUCACAUUCUAUGCUGGUAACCAUGACUACCAACCAUACAGUACACCCCAACCAGAGGUGGUUGAUGAGAAGCGCCCCGUGCCUACUCCAGGACAGGUGGCAGGAUUAGAAGAUUGUAUUCCACAGAGGCAUUCUCACUUUGCUAUCCUUGGUCUUCAUCUGAUUAUCAGAGCUGCUGAACAUGGAGAUUAUGACCCCAGUGGUUCCAAGGAGGAAGGUGCAUUCUUGCCUGUAGUCCCAGGUACUGCAAUCCCUGCUGUGAAGGUACAGUGUGAGAGAGUGGACUACCAAGUGACAGUACCAAUGUAUGCAAGGCAACUGAUAGCUGCAGCCAGCAAGGUCUCUCAUCCCAGCUCGGCUCUUAUGCACCUCUGCUAUGGCCAGAAAACUAUCAAGGUAUUUGGAUUGCAAGCUGGUUUGACCUGUGACCCCUGUACCGGUGACCUUUCACCCCAAAACAUUCAGCUACUCCAACCAUGCAGCUUUGCUGGACUGUCUAAAUCAUUGUGCCUUCCGAUGUACUGGACUGACCCAAACAUAAUCAAAUCAGAGAUGAUGCUAGAAGUACCGUCAGUUAGAUUAGACUUCACCAAGGGUCAACUUCUCCUCCUCGUAUAUAUCCAGCACAGCUGGAUGGGGGAAACUCCAAGAAACCACUGGUUACACGAGACUAGCCUGAUGGAGGAUGUGUUUACAAAUACAGAAAGUGCAGUAUCAGAUGGUCAAGUUCAGAUGGUAGCUUGUCUGUCCAGUGUGGAGUAUAGAUAUGUGGUCAAUGACUGUGUCAAGGCUGUCUCUGGAAGCGUCGGUCAAGGAAAGGUGGCCAUUAAACAUCCAGGUGGAGAAGUUCCUACACCUGUAUUUCAAGGUCCCCUCCAAACCAGCAAGUGUCAUCUGACAACCAGCAUAGUACCAUCCUCUCAGACGACUGCCAGCCCCGUUACUAGCCCGAGAAUGGAAGAAGCUUGCCUCUUAACCAUCACUGCUCAGAUACCUCAGAAUGACAAACAUAAAGGUUCCCUUGGUGCCCUCCUUUUGAAGAUUGAAGGAACUGCUAUCUGCCUUGAUCCAGUGCUUUAUUCAUGGUUACUAUACCAGCCAGGCAAGAGAUCGGUGACCAAUCACAUCUCAAAGGAUUCACCAGAUAGAACAGGAAAGAGUGUACCAUCUGAGAUGAGAUCACCACCCAAGAAAGAAUCCUCACAAGGAACUGAGACGUACAAGGGCCCCAAAAGUGGCGGUAAGUUCAGCAGGCAGAAGUCCCAGACAGCCACUGCUGUCAUGGAAAGUGAUGAUGUCACAAAGGCUAAAGGUAGCAGCCAAGUCAACCGAUUUCAUGACUGAAUAGGGAAGCUGAAAGAGCUCAUCAUUCAGGUGGACGUUUCACCAUGUAUCGUUGCCUGGCCGACGAAGCAUCUCUCCUUCCCAUCACCAGACACCUCCAUCACUCAGUGCCUCUGUGACCUCAUGACCCCUGGAGGUCAAGGGUCAGACUCGCCUCCUUCAGUGUUGGUGGUAUGCGUACCAGCCCUUUCCAUUCACAGCUCGGGUCAUAAAGCCGUUGAUGCUGAUCAAGACAUCCCUCUCAGCAGAAUGGACCUACCCCAAGAUCCAGGUGAGAAAUUUCCUUGGACCAUCAAGGCAAAAGACUUUUCCAUCUACUCAAUCCAUGAUUGCCAGAGGGUGUACUACCUCCUAAAGCCAAUGGCAAUCUCCACAACUCUGGCCCUUACAGCCAACAAGCACACUCCCUCUGAAACAGGGGAGACACCUGGCCUUGGCCUGGGUAUACACACAGAUAUGCCUGCAGUAAUAGUCAAGUGCUCAGAUGCUCAGGUCAUCCUAAUCCAACAACUCCUGCAAGUUGUCCUUGGUCUUAAAGAAGAUCUUGUCCAGGCUUUUGACUUCUCAAACAUUGGAUCCUCAGCUCCUCUAUCUGCCUUUCCUACAAGUCCAAAGCGCGGUUGGAGCUCCGCCCAGACAACUCCCUCAUCACCUUCUAAGUCCUUGCCUCACCUAGCACCCAGUACUACCACCAGCAGCCAGGCUUCAUCAGGUCAAGCGGAGAGCACCGUGGAAGUGCAGAGUGUGUCCAUGCCCAGCGAGGCGCCGCCCUCCACCCAGGGGAGUGGGACAGGGUCAAGGUCAACUGUGGGAGGCAUCAAGCUCUCUUUGUGGGUGCAGUGGACCCUUCAUAAACUCUCAGCCAUAGUCUAUGGAAAGGACAAGAAGGCUCCUGGCCAAGAUCAGAAUGUAAAGCUGUGUGCCGACAUGGAGGACCUUACAACAAGCAUUGACCUUCAAGACGUCUACUCCAAGGUUACCUGCAAAGUUGGUGCUCUCAACAUUCAUCACUUUGUAAAAAGUGCAAAGACUUGGACACCCGGACCAUUCAAAGGUGUUCUCCUGUCCUGCACAGAUGCCAUGUCGCACAACGUAGAGAUGUCUCCUCCAUUCAAACGCCUCCGCACCAACUCGCAAACAGCCAAUCCUUUCUCGCUGCACUCCAGCAAAGCGGCUGAAACCAAACAGACGCACGCCUUUGUUUCCUUGACAUGGACCUCGGCUCUCGGGACAUCGUUAGCGCAGAAGAUGUCAGGUGGGAAGACUGAGAAGCUAGGAGAUGGAUCUAAAAUGGGCGAGGAGUCCUCAAAGCAGAAACACUUUGUGAACGAGGUGAUCAUAUCAUCGCAGGCGUUUGAUCUGAUCAUCUGGUGCCCGAUUAUAGCAUCGACUGUGGACGUUCUUAUGUCUGGACUAGCUGUAGAGGGUGUCAGCAAACCUGACUCUGUGCAUGCUCCAUGGAAAAAGACUGACUUCAAGAUGUAUACCAUCCCUGAGGCUAAGAUUGAAGAAAGUGCUGCUUCAGAUGCAAUGUCCUGGCAGAGCAUUUCUCACCGAUCCACCAAGUCUCAAAUGUCUGUCCGAUCCUUGAAGUCCAGUAAACCUUCUUCGGGUAUCUCUGACUGGCUAACGAGCUCCAAACUUCCACUACUCUACCUUGACUGCAAGCAGAUCAGGUCCUUCGUUCCUGCUGGCCAUCUGAAUGAUCAGGGUGGACCUGGACUAAUGAAAGGAGUAGACCAAGACCUUUUCCUCUUCCAGAUCUCACAAAUCUCCUUGGUACCAUAUGCAGAUAACCCUCUUCAGCGCUUGGUAGUAAAGCAAGACACAUACAGGAAAGCGACAGUAGCUGGCAUCACCCAACAGCCAGGAUCGGAGGUAGAGGACAGGCAGUACCAGCUGGACGUGAACGGUAUCAGUCUGAAUGUUGCAUCGUGGGAUCAGGUCAUGAGGUCAUCCGAGCAGGUCAGGAUGAAGGUCACAUCAGGGGUCACCAGAAGCAAGACCCAGAACCCUGCAUUGGAGUGGAACCUCUCACUACCUACGCAAGACCCAGAGGAGGUCAAAUUGACGACGGUUGUUCAAGAGUUUGACCUUCAUCUGGUUGCAGCACCGUCCAUUGUCAUGGAAAAGACAAAAGCUGACAAGGGAAAGCAAAAAGUCAUUGUUUGCGGCCACUCUUUAGAGUUCAACAUUUCCACCGAUCUAAACUUCUACGUGAGCACCGAACAGGUGCACCUUGCCUACCUGGUCCUGGAUUCAAACCUCUGCCACUUGCUUCAUCUUAGAACCACCACCACCACCAGCAGCACAGACCACCCCCAUCCUCAACAGCCCACCGAUCCCACCAAACCACCUAGCUCCCUGGAGGAUAGCGGACUCGGUAGCGACUGUGGCACUCACUCCCCGCCCAAGGAGUUCGCCGAGGCCACGCGCCAGACCGUCGCCAGCCCGCCAAGGUCGUCUGGUGCGCAAGAUCCGAAGGGUGUUGCCAUGGAGACCACAGAAGGGAAGUCCAAGAAGAAGUCGAGGAUGAAGGGUGUGACCCCGUUCGACUUUCUGAUGACAGGAAGAAAGGUCACACUGUUCCUGUACUCGAGUAAAGGGGAUUUGAAAUCCAAAACCUCUUCUAAGAGGGAGAGCAAGCGGUCUCUUCUACCCCCGAUCUACCCCACUGCCCUAGAGCCUUUUAUACUCCUCGUCCUCUCUCAGCCCUCACUGGUCAUGUCGGUAGAGAAAUCAAAGCAGAAACUAGAGCUCUCCUUUUACGACUUCCGUAUCGACGGAGCUCCCAUGAAUAAACAAAUUCUAGAUCACAGUGUGCCUCAAGCUAUGGACUACCCCAUUCCCUGGUUUCAAACAUGUCAAGGGGAAGCUGAUCCAAAGACUGGUGUUAAACCUGCUCUCUUCACAUUUACUGUCACAGACUUCAUGAUGCAGAGUGCAGCUGUGAUCAAAAUGGAGAUUGCUCGGCCCCUGAAGGUGAACUUCAGCCUGACCAAGGUUCAGCAGGCGAGGGAGUUUGCAAAGCGACUGCAACCGACUAGGUGUCAGGAAAUCUCCAAGGUGCCGCGUGAGGUGAAGGAAAUCAAACUCAUGACGACACCUAGGUCUGGAGAGAAGUCUAUAGGCAUCACUCUGCCAGGACAACAAACCAGCCAGCGAGAAAAGACAAGAAAACCAAAGAGUUCCGCACCUCCAGAGGGAGUCCUUCAAAACCUCAUGAUGCUUUCACACUUCCAGUCCGCCAUCGUUGAAACCAGUCAGAUGGUAGUUGUCAUAGCAACGACCCCUGACCCAGACUUUCCUCACAUUGUGACUUCAGUAGGAGGAAUAUGUUUUGAUUCAGAAUUUGUGGUCAAUCAAAAAACAGAGGAGCUCUUCCAAGCAGACAGUGCCGUCCAAGUCUUUGACUUCACCCUGAAGACGUCCCUUCAACAGUGCACCAAGCCUCUCCUUGGACCUGUGACCUUUGACCUCCAGCUACGGACCAAUCACGAGCCUCACAGUGCCAGCGAGCUGAGUCCCUUCCUCCCGAGGAUCUAUGCUGACCUCAACGUCAAGAGCGUCCCUAUCUCGUUUGGUCAGGAGAAUUUGAAUUGUCUGAGGAGGGUGAUCGAUGAGAUGAAUGCUGUGCUUGCUGAAGGUGGAAAGGGAAGGGAGAAGAAACGGGUGGUCCCUGCCAAGAAAUUCAAGUUCAAAAUAGAUCCCUCGGCUGCCCUGCCACCCGUCGAUGGCCCUUUAUACUCUGAAGAUGAGGAGGAUUACGAUGUCAGUGACGAUGAUGGUGAAGGAAACUGGGAGGACGUUGAAGAGGAGGAUGAAGAACCACCACCAGAAGGAGUGAUUCAGAUAGAAUACAAGGAUGACCUCAGGACUGGAGCGUUUGAAUAUUUCACUGAAGGACAUACGGAAGAUGAGAUACCCCUCCCCAAUCAGAUCUACUUCACCCCACCCUCCCAGGAAAGUGGCCAUUGGGGUACCAUGGUAUGGACCUACCCUGAGCCGAGGAUGGAUGUUGGCUUGACCAUCACUCCAGUUCCAAUCUCAAAUCCUGAUGUCAGACCAUUUGGAAGAACGAACAAGAUUCCUUGUAUUCUCCAGGCGUUCAAUAGUCAGAGGCAGAGCUUUAUGACAGUUAGGGAGUUCUUCGUUUCAGAGACUCAGCGGUAUCACAAGAAGCAGAAGAUCAUUGAGAGUAGAGACUUGGUGGAAGAGAUGGAUGCACAUAGCACAUGGAGGGUUGUACUUAAUACAGAUGUGGAUAGGCAAGAUAUGCAAGACCCUCUCAGUCCACCGACCCCCGACAUCAUUUUGACCCCAAUGACCUUGGCAGCAUCCAUGAGGUUCGACACCGUCUUCGCUCCGCGCUUCAUCCAGUUCUGUCAUCUGAAGGUCACCGUUGGCCUCAUUGAACUUAGAAUGUCAAAUCAUCUCAGUCAACUUGGAAAAGGAAUACCAGAGUACCUGAAAGGUUUCACUCCCGAUGAUAGUAGCCCCAGGAGCCAUGAGUUCAUGGUGGCUCACAUCACAGAGACCAGACUGGACGUUGAGAGUUAUGGUGGAGUCCAUGCAAGGACCAGAAUCUGUGGGACCUCUGGGCUGGAAAUUGACCUCUUGAACUACCACAACCUGACCAUGUCACCUCUGCUGGAGAAAGUGGAGGCCGACUUUGGGUACAGCUUCCGCAGUCUGAUGGAUAUUGAAGGCCAAUUGGGAUUAAGUAACAUGACAUUCAUAGUUGGCCAAGGGACAGUUCAUACUCUAAGCAAGGUGGCCCAAGCAUGGAAGCAGAAUAUGGAGCCAGAGGCCGAACGACUUUUCUAUGGACACUACCUCAUCUGCAAUUCAACCAAUCAGGCGCUUCGCUUUGGUCAAGUGCAUACCGAUGAAUCGGUGGUUCUAAAGAGCGGCGAGAUGCAUGAGUACAGCUGGAGGACUCAUAAGAAAGACAAACAAGAGCUUCAUGUCUGUAUGGAAAACUGGCGUAACUUCCGUUGGUCAGAGCCAUUCAGUAUUGACGGCGAGGAUGGAGAUACGACAGUUCGAGUUCUUCAUAAUAGAGAUCAUACAGCAACUCUCUUCAUCCAAAUCAGAAAGAUCACAGCUGUUCAGAGACAAAUCAUCAUUACGGGUACCCAGACAUUCUCAAACCAGUUGACCAUCCCGCUGGAUGUCCAGGUCACACGGAGGUCAUUCUCCCAGACCUCUCCUCGGUCCGCUACCAACGUCCAGGAGACCAGGUCACUCCAACCCAACUCCAGCCUCCCUGCUUUGACCUGCAGCGAUGAUGACAUCAUAGGGGUCUGUGUCAAAGUUCAGGGGUCGGACUGCGAUUGGUCGGAGCAGUUUGCUUUGAGUGGCGAGAUGUGCGUCACAGAAAUGGUUGUCAAGGUGCCAUGUGCUGAUGGUAGGAGAUUCUAUUUCUGGUGCCAAAUCUUCACGGAAACUCACGAUGGAAAUACACAGAGACUAGUUGUCUUCAGCCCUCUGUUCACUCUCCAGAGUCACCUCCCAUUCCCAGUCAGCAUUCAUUGUCAAGCAGCUAGGGGCAAUGAUACACAGGUCAUAGAGGUCAGAGGUCAAGGGUCAUUGCAACAGCUGUAUCAGAUCCCUCCUUUAGCAUGGUACAAUCUCACUCUAACCUCUAUCAGUGAGAGCAUGGCAGCCAGCUCCAGCUCUGCAGCUGUCUGCAUCUCUACUGAGAUGUUAGAGAAUGUAACCCACCACCCAGAUGAAGCAAUGGGACUAAAGAGACUAGCUGACAAUCGAGAUGACCUCGAUAUGACCAAGUUCUGGCCUUACAAUCAUCCUGAUUAUAGCAGCUCCAAGCUGCAUGCAUCGUCCAUGCAGGGCAUCACCAUUGCCCCUCAUUCAGCAGAAGCUGCUGGACACCCCUCGGCCAGUCUCCAGGUUGGAAUGGUCCAACACAGGUCAAAGGUCAACACCAUCAGGGUAGAGAUCAUGCCGUGUUUUUUGGUAGUGAAUGAGACAGACAUGGACUUCACCAUUAUGGAAGAAGGGGGUAAAUCUACCAAGGUGACUGCAAGGACCACCAGUGCACCACAAAAGUUCAAAGCCAAUCUGUCCUUGGGACUAUCUCAUGAAGGGGAGGAAUAUGUGUAUAAUGACUCAGUGAAUUUCCUCAGUGAUGUUACCACCCCUCCAAAGAAGAAUGAACCAGUCCAGGGACUGCAGCUACAACCAGAGGACCAUGGGACCAUUGAACUUAUUAGUAGGGGUGUGCAUCUUGGAACACAGAAGGUGGUCCAUGUCGUAAUGCAAUCGACAGUGAAGCAUCAGAUCAGAAUCCUAACAAUCAGACCAAGAUUCGUCUUUCGAAAUAACUCUAAACAUGAUAUCAAGAUAAGAAUGGUUAAUCUCAGAUCUGAAGAAAAGAUUAUCAUCCAAGCAAACACCAUUCAGACUGUCACCAUUCCCUCCAAGUCAUCAGAACACAUCCCUCACCUCAAAUGGGAUAGCCCAGCAUGUAGCCAGCCAACAGGAUCCUUCCAUUACCUAUCUCUUGCCUUGUGUGACCAAUCAGCUGCGGAGGGGGCGUGGCUUGAUGAAUGGAGUGCUUGGUUCAAGGUUGACAGUGAUUUCCCUAGGGUUCCUCUCACUCUGCCAAUCACCAAGCCUUCCAAGACGUUCCAGUCCAAGAACAUCGUGACCUGCCCCGUGGUCGCCAUGGUAUACUGCCAUCAGGGCAUGACCUAUGUGACCUUUGACCUGGACCCCUCUCCCAAAGUGCUAGUCAUCAAUCGAUGUCCCUUCCCAGUUCAUAUCGGGCAUUCCCAAGAACACACCAAGGUGGAAGAAGCCCUGGAGAUUGAAGAAGAGUCCAGUCCAAUGCCUAAGAUUCCCAUUGUUCCAUCCACUUCCGUCAUCCACUACAACCCUCCGCUGGACACACAGUCAAAGCAGUCUAACGUCCACAAGUUCCACUUUGCCAUCGCCAAGCCUCCAGGCUCGGUCACUGUCCCAUCCUCCCAGUCUCUCAUGGAAGGCGGGUCAAAGGUCGAAGGUCAGCAAUGGAGCGAGGCAGUGGAUAUUGUUGAUUCGUGCAACCCAACGAGGUCCGAGAUUGUCUCUAUGCCUUCGGGAGGGUACCUGCUGGUCGCCACGGAAUGCGUCGGAACGUUGAUCCAUAUCUUUGUGGAUUCUCUAAAUUCUAAGGAUGAACAGGUUGAGGAAUCUCAAGUCGAUCCACCUCAGAUCAGCCAGUCUAUUGGCACAGCUGGUAUCAUCGUCAAGGUGAUGAAUGACCUUACACCCGGACCAGAUGUCAAGGAAGUCCUUCGGGUGACCGCGGAAGGUGUGAGCUUUCUCAUGGUUGCCAGAGAGGACCUGAAACGCACCAAGGCUCUCCAUGCUGUUCAUCUGCUUUCUUUCUCCGUCGCGGAAAUCCAGAUUGACAACCAGAGCCAAGAUGGCGGCGGUUACGACUUCCCUGUCAUCUUCAGAGGUCAUGAAAGGUCAGAGGACAACUUCUUGCCAGGCAUUGACCACAACUACCAGCUUACCCCAGAAAGAUGGUACAACUUUGUCUAUGCAGGAGUGCAAGAGAACAGAGAGAGUAGUUUCCUCUGGAUGCAUGUCUUCGUGGAAGGAAACGAGGGAUUCGGAGAUCGUCUCCGCAACGCAGAAGUUGCUUUCCACAACAUGGAGGUGUACAUCGAAGACCAGUUUCUGCGGAAUGCCAAGAGCCUCGUGGAGACAUACUCCCCAUCAUCUCUGGUCCAGGAAGCGCCCUCGGCAAGGUCUGGCCCUCCUCUGAUGGUGACCGUAGCGAUGGACGCCUUGAGGUCUCCCAUCGGCCUUCAGCAGCUGACCAUCCUCCCAAUCUCCUUGACCGCCAGCGUACAUGCUACACUCAAGAUGUUCAUCUCCUUGGACCAGACCCGGCUCCAGUUCCAACGGUACGAGACUGGACCUAUCUACGCAACCCAUCGUCAGCUGGGCCAAGCCUUGACGCUCCAUUACACCUCGGGAGCUCUCUUCAAAGCUGGUUGGGCUAUUGGUUCAUUGGAUCUGAUUGGCAACCCAGCCGGUUUCCUACGUAGCGUUCGUACAGGCCUCUUUGAUACAGUGUACCUACCCUAUGAGGGACUCACCAGGGGACCUAGUGCCUUUGUGGCAGGCGUGGCCUCCGGAAUGUCAUCUUUGGUUCGUCAUCUGUCAGCUGGUACGCUUACUUCCAUCACCAAGUUUGCAUCCAGCAUGUCUCGCAACCUUGAUCGUCUGUCUCUCGAUGCUGACCAUGUUGCAAGGCGUGAGGAAGAGAGACGCCGCAUACCGGAGGGGAUGUCCUCGGCUAUUGUCCAAGGUCUGAGUAGCUUUGGAAUCAGUUUGCUGGGAGCCAUUGCCGGCCUGGCUGACCAACCCCUUCGGAGCUUCCAGGGAGCUGGCACCGAUCCGUCCUUGUCUGCUUCCCCUUCGCAGCGAGCUAGAGGUGUGAUAUCGGGCGUUGGCAAGGGGCUGGUAGGGGCAGUGGUCAAACCUCUGGGUGGGGCAGCUGAGCUGGUGGCCCAAACAGGACAAGGUAUCCUACAUGGAACCGGUCUUGCAGAGUACCGGACGCCUCUAGGAGCACAGUUUAGUGUGAUUAGGAGCUCAGCCACCAAUGCAAGGCUUAAGUAUGAAUGGAAGAUGCUGAAAACCCUUCCAACCUCAGAAAUCCUGUACCACGUAGACAUCACAUCCAUGACUGUCCAAGGCCUACAGCGUGGGGGCGCCCUGCUUCUUACCCCUGAAGUCCUUUACGUCGUGAGUUCAAGCGAGGAUAUGCAGCAGUUGACCCUUCCCCUGUGUGACAUCGCAUGUGGACCUGUCAGAUUCAAUGAGAAAAUGCUCAAGGUUGUUGUCAAGGGUCCAGCAGCUGCUCACAAAGAAAAGCACCCUCUGACAGCAGACCGUGUGGCGGACUACGUGGCGGCAACCUCUGACACAUCGGGUCACGAAGACGAACCGACCGCCGCCUCUGACAGCCCGUCGGAGGCAUCGGAAAGAGGGUCGCAGGAAGUUCGGCGCUCUUACCAGUACAGCAUGGAGAUGGCGCACCGUGAAACGUUCCUUGUGCUGUAUACGGCGGCCAAGAAUCGGUUAGGAGGUAUAGGAUUCUGUUACGAUGAAGGUGAUAAUAUAGAGUACAGACAGUGGCAGCUGGCAGCAGAGAAAGCCAAGAUGACUGAGAUGUAGUGUGUGUGUGUGUGAAGGAGAUGGUGAUGCACUCAUAAUAACUUAUUAUUUACCUUCACCCUCAUUUAGCGGGGGGGGGGGAACUAUGACCCCCCCCCCACUAAAAACUUGGCCUGAAAAAAAGUUGAAAUAAUUUUUAGGCCUUGUCAAUGCUGAAAUCUUAACCAAGGUUAAGAUUUGAAAUGUCACCUUAACUUGAAAGUAUAAGGACCUAUUUCUUUCAUGAAAAUUUGAAAUUCUUGGAAAAGUUAUCAUUUGUAUAAAUGAAGUGUGUGAAAGAUAACUAUGUCAAGGCCUUUCUUCAAAGCUUUUGGGCACCAUGAGCUUGCAAUUACCCAAGAGUCCUAAAAUAUUGUAUGAAUGUAGACUAGGAUGACACACUGCCUCGAUAGUAUUGGAAGCAAAAAAAUGAAUCUUGUCAAUUUGAGCAUUUCACAAUCCUUUUACCCUUUGAUAUAUUCACAUCUCUCCAUUGUGAAAUUCACCUUGGAUUAUUUCAUCACUGAAGUUUUAUAUGCAUCAUUCAAGUGAAA